AUGGCCUUAGCAUUUGCUGUGAAAGAGAUAAAUGAGAAUCCCACCAUCUUACCAAAUAUCUCUCUGGGGUUCCGCAUCCUCAAUAGCUACUUGACUGCAAAAAUGACUUACAAGGCCACACUAAGCCUCCUUUCCACACAACAGAGGUUUGUCCCCAACUUCAGGUGUCACAACCAGAACAAUCUGAUAGCAAUCAUUGGAGGAUGUUUCUCUGAGAUCUCUGUCAAUGUGGCCAUCAUUUCAGCAAUCCACAAGACUCCACAGCUCACUUAUGGUUCAUUUUUGCAACUACAAAAUUCCAAACUACUAUUCCCAUUGUUGUACCAAAUGGUUCCCACUGAAGCCCACCAGCAAACAGGAGUUGUGCGGUUACUUCAGCAUUUCAGAUGGAAAUGGGUUGGGGUUGGAGCUGUGGAUGAUGACAAAGGGGACCAGUUUUUACAGACGAUGGUGCCAAUGCUUUCCCAGAAUGGCAUCUGUUAUGCUUUCAUAGUAAGAAUGCCAAAAUGGGAUUAUGUGGAUAAAUUAAUAGAUUUGGUUAUACACCAGUGGAAAACCUAUGAAGUUAUCUUUGAGGAAAAAGCCAAUGUAUUCUUUAUCUAUGGAGAACCUCCAUCCUUUCAGAUUGUGAGGAUAUUUCUGUUUAUAGCAUCUUAUAUGGAAUUGCCCCGUCUCUGCAAAGUGUGGAUUAUUACAUCCCACUGGGAUUUCACAUCAAUAUCCAUUCAAAAGACUUGGGAUAUGCAAACAUUCCAUGGCUCCAUAUCCUUCACUGCUCACUCAAAUCAGCCAUUCGGAUUCCAAAAGUUUACUGAGGGAAUAAGACCUUCCUGGGCCAAAGGAGAUGGUUUUAUCCAAGACUUCUGGGAACAGGCCUUCCAUUGUUCAGUAAAAAUGUCUAAAGAGCAGGAGAAAGCUGAGAAGAAAACGUGCACUGGGGAGGAGAAGCUGGAGAGCAUUCCUGGUAUUCUGUUUGAAAUGAAGAUGAGUGGCCACAGCUACAGUGUCUACAAUGCUGUCUAUGCUGUGGCACAUGCUUUGCAUGCCAUAUAUGAAUCCAGCUUCAAACAUAGAAGGUCCCUACAGAGACUCAUAGUUCAGAAUAUGCAGCCAUGGCAGGUCCAUCACUUUUUAAGGCACAUCAUGUUCAAUAACAAUGUUGGAGACAAUGUAAACUUUGAUGACAAUGCAGAACUCAUUGCAGGUUUUGAUGUUACAAACUGGCUGAUGUUCCCCAAUGGCUCGGUAGUUAGAGUAAAAGUUGGAAGACUGGAACCUCAGGCUUCUCCAGGCAAAGAGCUAACCAUUCAUGAUGACCAAAUUGUCUGGCACCAAAGGUUUAAUCAGAUGCUGCCCCUUUCUGUGUGCAAUGACAACUGCUAUCCUGGCUACAGCAGGAAAAAGAAGGAAGGAGAGAUAUUUUGCUGCUAUGACUGUGCUCCAUGUCCGGAAGGGAUGUUCUCUGGCCAGAAGGACAUGGAUGCCUGCAUCAAUUGUCCGGAAGAUCAUUAUCCCAACAAAGACCAAAGUCAGUGCAUUCCAAGAGUUUUAAGCUAUCUCUCCUACAAAGAAGAUUUAGGAACUAUCUUAGUUAUCAUUGCUAUUUCUUUCUCUUUCAUCACCACUUUAGUACUUGGAAUUUUUAUGAAGCACAAGGACACUCCCAUAGUCAAAGCCAACAACCGGACCCUCACCUACAUCCUUCUCAUCUCCCUCCUCCUUUGCUUCCUCUGCUCUUUCCUCUUCAUUGGAGAACCUGGAAAGGUCACCUGUCUUCUCCGACAAGCUGCUUUCGGCACAAUCUUCUCUUUGGCCCUCUCUUCUGUGCUGGCAAAGACCAUCACUGUGGUUGUGGCAUUCUUGGCAACCAAACCAGGUGCCAGGAUGAGAAAAUGGGUGGGCAAAAGAAUGGCACAUUCUGUUGUUCUUUGCUGCACCUUUAUUCAAGUUGGCGUUUGCAUUUUUUGGUUAAGUACUUCCCCUCCAUUCCCAGAUAAGGACAUGCACUCAUUGCAUGGAAAAACCAUACUGGAAUGUAAUGAAGGUUCAGCUACCAUGUUUUACUGUGUCUUGGGCUAUAUGGGCUUCCUGGCCAUUGUGAGUUUCAUUGUGGCUUUUCUAGCCAGGAAGUUACCUGACAGUUUUAAUGAGGCCAAAUUCAUCACUUUCAGCAUGUUGGUGUUUUGCAGUGUUUGGCUGUCCUUUGUUCCAACCUACCUGAGCACCAAAGGAAAAUACAUGGUGGCUGUAGAGAUCUUCUCUAUCUUGGCCUCUAGUGCUGGGUUACUGGGUUGCAUUUUUUACCCUAAAUGCUACAUUAUUGUGCUGAGGCCUGAGCUGAACAGUAAGGAGCAACUAACAAGGAAAACAAAAUGA